AGGGAUGUGAGCAGAGCGGCGGGAUAAAACCCAGCAUGUGUGAAGGAACGGGGGCAUUGUGAGACAUGGAGAGCAUACGGCCUGCCGCUCCACUCUGGAGCAUCAUCGUGUUUCUUGCCUUCUGCCAAAUAUCUCUGCAAGGAGGAGUUCCUGGCGCUGGAGUAGGAGGCCAGUUUUAUCCAGGUGCAGGUGCUUAUCCAGGAGCUGGUGUGGGAGCAGGAGGCAUUGCACCUGGCGUAGGAGCAGGAGUAUACCCUGGCGGAAAACCUCCCAAACCAGGAGUUGGUGGUGCUGGAGCAGGAGGUCUGGGUGCAGGAGGUCUGGGUGCAGGAGGUCUAGGUGCAGGAGGACUUGGAGGACUAGGAGUUGGUGGCCUUGGAACUGGUGGCCUUGGAGCUGGUGGAAAGCCUAGUAAAGCAGGAGGCGUUGGAGCUGGUGCAGGAGUUGGUGGUGUUCCUGGGGCAUAUCCCGGUGCUAGAUUACCAGGUGCCGGAGUUGUGCCUGGAGUCACCACAGGAGCAGUAGUGCCACAAUCAGGUGUUCAGCCAGGAGCAGGAGGGAAAGCAGGGAAAGCAGGGAAGCUGCCAGGUGCAGGAGUUCCUGGUGUCUUUCCUGGUGGAGUUGUUCCAGGAACAGGAGGAAGAUUCCCUGGAGUUGGCGUCCUUCCUGGAGUAGCCACUGGGAACGGAGUCUACCAAAAAGCACCAGGUGGUGGGGCAUUUGCUGGAAUUCCAGGUUUUGGUGGAUUUGGUGGGCAACAGCCAGGUGUGCCUCUUGGAUAUCCAAUUAAGUCUCCAAAACUUCCAGGUGGAUAUGGACUUCCAUACACAGCAGGAAAGCCUGGCUAUGCAGGUUAUGGACCUUCUGGUGUAGGGGGUGCUGGAAAGGCUGGGAAAGCUGGAUACCCCACAGGAACAGGAGUUGGUGUCCUCUCAGCAGCACAGCAAGCUGCAGCCAAAGCAGCCAAAUAUGGAGCUGGAGCUAUUCCUGGAGCUGUUCCUGGUACUGGUGGAGUGCCUGGUUGGGUUCCAGGUUUAACGCCUGGAGGUGGUGCUGUACCAGGUUUGGUGCCUGGUCUAGUACCUGGUGCUGGAGUUCCUGGAGCAGGCAUUCCACAACUUGGAUUCCAGCCUGGUGCCAAGGCCUCUAAAUAUGGCUUACCUGGAGCAGGGGUUGUGCCUGGAGCAGGGGUUGCUCCUGGAGUUGGUGGCGUACCAGGAUUUGGUGGUGUUCCAGGGCCAACUGUUAGUGGUUUGGGAGCUAUACCCCCUAAGACAGGAGGUGUUGGAGUCGGUGGCCUUCCACAAGGAGUUGGUGGAGGUGCUGGCAUUCCAGGUGCAGGAGCAUACCCAGCAGGAGGCAAACCACCUAAACCAGGAUAUGGAGCAGGUGCUGGAGUAUUACCUGGAACUGGAUUAACACCAGGAGCUGGACUAGGGGUUGGAGGAGUACCAGGAGCUGGAUAUGGAGCAGGAGCAUACCCAGCAGGAGGCAAACCACCUAAACCAGGAUAUGGAGCAGGUGCUGGAGUAUUACCUGGAACUGGAUUAACACCAGGAGCAGGACUGGGGGUUGGAGCAGUACCAGGAGCUGGAUUGGGAGCAGGAGCAUACCCAGCAGGCGGCAAACCACCUAAACCAGGAUAUGGAGCAGGUGCUGGAGUAUUACCUGGAACUGGAUUAACACCAGGAGCUGGACUGGGGGUUGGAGCAGUACCAGGAGCUGGAUUGGGAGCAGGAGCAUACCCAGCAGGCGGCAAACCACCUAAACCAGGAUAUGGAGCAGGUGCUGGAGUAUUACCGGGAACUGGAUUAACACCAGGAGCUGGACUAGGGGUUGGAGCAGUACCAGGAGCUGGAUUGGGAGCAGGGACAUACCCAGCAGGAGGCAAACCACCUAAACCAGGAUAUGGAGCAGGUGCUGGAGUAUUACCUGGAACUGGAUUAACACCAGGAGCUGGACUGGGGGUUGGAGCAGUACCAGGAGCCGGAUUAGGAGCAGGCUUGUACCCGGGAGGCAAACCCCCUAAGCCAGGCUAUGGAGCAGGAGCUGGAUUAAUACCUGGAGGCGGGAUAACAACAGGACUGGGAGCUGGAUUAGUACCAGGAGCUGGAACUGGAGCAGGCUUUUACCCUGGAGGCAAACCACCUAAGCCAGGUUAUGGAUUGCCUGGAGGUGCAUUAACUCCUGGAGCUGGACAAGUACCUGGAGCUGGACAAGUACCUGGAGCUGGACAAGUACCUGGAGCUGGACAAGUACCCGGAGCUGCAACAGGAGCAGGUGUAUACCCUGGAGGCAAACCACCUAAACCAGGUUAUGGAUUGCCUGGAGGUGCAUUAACACCUGGAGCUGGACAAGUACCUGGAGCUGGACUAGUACCUGGAGCUGGACAAGUACCUGGAGCUGGACAAGUACCUGGAGCUGGACAAGUACCCGGAGCUGCAACAGGAGCAGGUGUAUACCCUGGAGGCAAACCACCUAAACCAGGAGCUGGAUUAGUACCUGGUGUUGGUGGUUUGACACCUGGCUCUGCUGGACUAGGACCAGGAGCUGGAUUAAUUCCUGGUGCUGGUGGAUUGGCUCCUGGAGCAGCUGGAGGUGCAUACCCAGGGGGAAAACCACCAAAACCAGGUUAUGGACCUGGAGCUGGUGUAGGGCCUGGGGCUGGUGUGCAACCUGGCGGAAUUGGAGCAGGAGUUGGAGGCUUGUAUCCAGGAGCAGGAGGCAAACCACCUAAACCAGGUUAUGGGUUGGGACCUGGUGCUGGUGCAGUGCAACCUGGAGGAUAUGGAGCAGGAGUGGCACCAGGGGGCAUUGGGAGUGGUGGCUUAUAUCCCGGAGCUGGAGGCAAACCACCUAAACCAGGUUAUGGGCCCGGACCUGGAGUACAAAAUGGAAGAUUUGGAGCAGGAGUGCCAACAGGGGGAGUUGGAGUUGGGGGCUUGUAUCCAGGAGCAGGAGGCAAACCACCUAAACCAGGUUAUGGACCCGGAGCUGGUGUAGGGCCUGGGGCUGGAGUGCAACCUGGAGGAAUUGGAGCAGGCGUGGCACCAGGGGGAGUCGGAGCUGGGGGCUUAUAUCCAGGAGCAGGAGGCAAACCACCUAAACCAGGUUAUGGACCCGGAGCUGGUUUAGGGACUGGGGCUGGAGUGCAACCUGGAGGAAUUGGAGCAGGCUUUGUACCAGGGCGAGUUGGAGCUGGGGGCUUAUAUCCAGGAGCAGGAGGCAAACCACCUAAACCAGGUUAUGGAACCGGAGCUGGUGUAGGGCCUGGGGCUGGAGUUCAACCUGGAGGAAUUGGAGCAGGCUUUGUACCAGGGGGAGUUGGUGCUGGGGGCUUGUAUCCAGGAGCAGGGGGCAAACCACCUAAACCAGGUUAUGGCCCCGGAGCUGGAUUGGCACCUGGAGCUGGUUUAGGGCCUGGGGCUGGAGUGCAACCUGGAGGAAUUGGAGCAGGUGUUGCACCAGGGGGAGUUGGAGCUGGGGGCUUGUACCCAGGAGGUAAACCACCUAAACCAGGUUAUGGACCCGGAGCUGGACUGAUACCUGGAGCUGGUUUAGGGCCUGGGGCUGGAGCACAACCUGGAGGAAUUGGAGCAGGGUUGUAUCCAGGAGCAGGAGGCAAACCACCUAAGCCAGGUUACGGAGGUGGUUAUGGAAAUGUAGGAUUUGGAGCAGGUGGUCUAGGAGCUCAGAAACCAUCUAAAUCUUACUACAGAGGUGGCGCCCAAUGUGGCCAAGGAAAGUACUGCGGCCGACGGAGAAAAUAGGCAGCCAAAGAGCUACGAGUAACCUCAUCAACUAUGGUGCUACUGCAUGGUGUGAAUGUAAAAUGAUUCAAGAAUCCCCUCUCUGUAUUUCCAUCCCCCCAUUACUUCCCCAGUCCUUAUUUUGUCCAUUUAGCAUCCAUCUCUCUGAACACGGAGUCAGACAGCUACACAUAAUAUAGGGAAGCCUGCAAUCUGACACUCAUAUACAUGCACACAUAAUACUAUAUAUUACACAUACAGCAAUGCAAGGCUGUGUAGUGUGUACAUGCCCAUAGGUGUGUAUAAUGCAACACACGGCAUCUUCUUAUGCACAAAGUGGAGAAUAUACAGGAAUGUGCAUACUUGUACACUGUUGAUAAAGAAGAAUAUGCACAUACACUAGUAUGGACAUGCAUGCACUAUAGAUAUACAAAUUACACUUACGCGGUGGGGCUGGGAGGAUGGGGCCAGUAUUGCUUGUGACUGGGGUAGCAAGAGGAGAUGGCUUGCCCAUUUAAGGGGUAAGUGUGAUACAGAGUACAGAACCUCUUGGGAAGUAGCAUUUUCAGUCCCCAUUCUGCCUUGUGACUUUGCACUCCAUUGUGGGCCAUAACACCAAAAAAACAGAAUGGAAACUGGGCACAUUGCUUCCCAAGAGUUUCUCAAGUCACCAGUACUGUUCCACUUGUCCUUGCUGAGUGGACUGGUGGGUUAUCAGCCCUGUCUAUUUCUAUAUAUAUAUAUACAGUAUAUAUACAGUAUAUAUAUAUAUAUAUAUAUAUAUAUAUAUAUAUAUAGUGUAAGGGCAACUUGACACAUGGGCCAGUAUGAACCAUUUGCACCCCAGUCAAAAAGCUCCCGGCCUGCCCCAUCCAAUAGAAAGGACUGCAGGAGGAUUUUUGUCCUUCCUCUCUCAGCACUUCCAACAAGGUGUAAAACAAUUGGUCAGUUGUCUUCCUGCUUCUCUCACCAUCACAGCCCAUGAUUUCGUAACUUAUAUGUGGAACGAUGCAAUUUGCCUGCGACUGUACGGAUCUGUAUUAUUUUUAUUAUAUGUGUAUUAAAGCGUGUGACUUCUCUCUCUUCGAUGGGGGAGGGUGAGAGAAGAUUUUUUCCAAUGCAUCUUUUUUUUUUACAUUUGCUAUGAAAAAUAGGAGCAAUAUCCUCGUUUUUUUUUUAACUUUUUGUCUGCCACGAGACGCAGACCAUUGCUGCUUUUACAGCUGUGCCAUUCUCUGCUGGAGUAUUGAGACUGAAGGUGCUAUCCUAUUACUGUUAGCAGGACCAAUGAUUAAGAGUUGGGCCUUGUGGCUGGCAGUUAGAGGUGAGAUGAGAAUAAAGAGUAAAUG